CUUUGAAGCAAGAAGGCAGAGGGGAGGAUAAACGGUUCGGCCCCAUCGUUUAAAAAGGCGUGAAGUUCAGCCCUCGUCGACGUCUUUUCACACCCUCCCUCGCAUGUUUUGUCAAGAAAUAUAACAAUGUCCCCGCCAGGAGCUUCAAACGAGGAUAAGGAAAACCACCGCGAAGAAAUUAAGGUGUGACUACAACGGGUGCAGAGUGUGGGUUUGUACAUGCACGUUCCUGCUGCUACGCGAAAGAGUGAGUGGUGUAGCAGCUGACCGCUGCAACGUAAUGCCAAGAUGCUGCUGUCCCUGGGAAUGCUGAUGCUGUCGGCCACACAGAUCUACACCAUCUUCACCGUCCAGCUCUUCGCCUUUCUCAACCUGCUGCCCGUGGAAGCCGACAUCUCUGCCUACUCGUUUGACAACAAAACCGACAGCUUUGAUGACCUCCCUUCACGCUUUGGGUACCGACUACCCAGCGAUGGAUUGAAGGGCUUCCUGAUUGGUGCACGGCCAGCCAAUGCGUGCGAGCCCAUCGAGCCCCCUCCCAGGGACAACUUGACAGGAGCCUUCAUCGUCCUCAUCAAACGCUUUGACUGCAACUUUGAUAUUAAGGUCCUCAAUGCACAGAAAGCUGGGUACAAGGCAGCCAUUGUUCACAAUGUGGACUCUGAUGACUUGAUCAGCAUGGGCUCCAAUGAUUUGGAUGUUCUGAAGCAGAUAGAUAUUCCCUCUGUAUUUGUGAGCGAGGAUACGGCCAACACUCUAAAAGAGGACUACCUGUAUGACAAAGGCGGACGUGUGAUCCUCAUGCCCGACUUUAGCCUGCCGCUGGAAUACUACUUGAUCCCCUUCCUCAUGAUCGUGGGAAUCUGCCUCAUCCUCAUUGUGGUCUUCAUGAUCACAAAGUUUGUCCAAGAUCGACACAGGGCCAGGAGGAGCCGCCUCCGCAAAGAUCAAUUAAAGAAACUUCCGAUCCACAAGUAUAAAAAAGGAGACGUCUACGACGUGUGUGCCAUCUGUCUGGACGAGUACGAAGAAGGGGACAAACUGAGGGUCCUGCCAUGUUCUCAUGCCUACCACAGCAAGUGUGUGGACCCCUGGCUGACCAAGACCAAGAAGACGUGUCCCGUGUGCAAGCAGAAGGUGGUCCCCUCGCAGGACGACUCCGACUCGGACGAGAGCGGCGGCGAAGAGAACGAGGAGGCGUCGGAGAGCACGCCCUUGCUGCGCUCGCUCGCCUCCACCAGCGCCCACUCCUUCGGCACCAUGUCGUUGGCGUCCCCCUCGGACCAGGACCACGAGUCGUCCUCGGAGUACGAGUACGAGCUGGACAACAGCAGCAACAGCGAGGAGGAAGAGGACCAGGUCACCGUGGAAACGGUGGUGGUUCAGAUGCAGCAGUCAAGUCCUGACAGCCAACAAGAAGAGCUGCUCCAAGCCUGAAAAUAACUACGUGAAGACUCUAUAUACACACUCCAUGGUGCAGGAAGCACUGCAAACUUAUCAUUUAUUGUACAUACUCUGAUGCACCUUCCAAACUCUUCUCCAUCCAGCCUUUUUGCUUUUUCACUAGACUGAAACAUUUACCAAGGACUAUCAGACAAAAGUCUUACAAGAUUGGAAUGUUAACACAUUCCUAUGAAAAGAAAGUGUCAUGAGGGAAAACCUUUCAGAUAAAUUGUAUUUAAAAAAAGUAGCUGCAAUGUUCCAACUAAAUGAACAUUUCUGAGAGAUUAAUAGUAUAUUCCAUAAUAUGAAAAUGAAUUCAAUCUUUCAUGAAUAAGUCAUUGCAAGGAAACAUUGGCGUAGUAUGAGGCAAAUAGUAUUUAAUAUGCAUAUUUUGAAUUUCUCAAACUUAAUGGAAGUGCAUAGAAAAAGAGUAAAUAUUUGAUUAAUAUAUUUACUAAAGUCUCUAAGAUUAGUAUUACAAUAAAUUAAAUGGAGAGUCGGGUAAUAUGCAGACAGAUUAUAGAUUAUCGCAAGAGGAAAAACUGGAACAUGACUAGCAUUUCAAUAGGAUAAUGUACGUGUUUUUACACCUAAGAUACCAAUACAUUUACA